AUGUGGUCUUGGCACCUUAUUGUGUGACGACAUUUCGGUGUAGAAUUGGUUCCAGAAACGCGCUAUCGUGAUAACUCUAGCCUGGGCCAGUUCCUCACUAUGGCUGAACUCACGGCCACCGAAAAAGUCUAAGUGGUACCUAUUUUGUCUUUUAUUCUUAAAGCUUUCCUUGGAAAGUUUUUGUUUCGGGACAGGAUUGACCUAUCGGAGAUAUAGCAGCCCUAAACAUAAAAGGGUCCACGCUCCCCUCUAGGAGUUUCUCACCUUAGUUCAAACAAUGCACUUCUAUCUUCUACUGCUUCUCUCCACGCCAGAAGCUCAUUAGUCUGUACUUAAAAACUGGUUCAUUGAUCACUUCCUCCUCUUACUACACAAAAUUUUACUACCUACCGGCAGCAACGAGACAGUCUACUCUAUUGACUUUCGUGGUUCACAAACAGGUACUCAUGUCUUUAAGCACAGCUUGGCUCAGUUGGCCACAGUAUCACGUCAAUGGCAGACUAUCAUUGAGCGCCACAACUUCGAGCGGAUUAAUCUGACACUAUGGCGCAUCCCUGACCUUGGCCCUAUGACUCGCCGUAACCGAACCCUCGUCAAAUAUAUCUGGCUCUCUCUGGAACUUGACGAGUAUGAUUGUUCCAAGUGCGGAGGCCAUGACCUUCGACACAUAAGCAAAACCGACAAUUGCGUUAUUAUUACGGCAAUGCAUGACUUGUUCUUGACCCUGAGUACAUGGGGACCCCAGGGUGACUUAAAACUGGAUAUCAGCAUUCACUCGCCGAGCGACUCGCAGCAUUGGUUUAAGUAUUUGACUUUCGGGCCUGAUACUCUUCCGCACAGCCAAGCAACACUUGGCCAACGAGAUGAUCCAGAGCACGCAUGGAUUGCUGGCAAACCAUCUUCAGCUCCGACCGACGCAGCUUUACGCCACGUUUUUGCAGAAGUCUUGGGCGAGCCGUACAACGCAUUCUACGACAUAGAACAGGAGAGCAAAUGGUGGCAGACUUUGCCGGAGGUUCCGGCCAUAACAAGUGUGCUUUUACGUCUGCAGAACCGGCGGCGAUGGAGACCGAAUACGCUUACACAAAUGCUUUCCCGUCUUCCUAGACUCGAGGAAUUCCACUACGAGCCUUGGAGGGCUUGGUCCACAAACGACCAAACAGUAACAGAUCAAGGUUAUUGUUCGCUUUUCGAUUCGCUCGCGCCAAGAAAACUACGGAGACUCAUAUUAUUUGAGAAUUUUGAUGAGCAGUAUUCGUCAUGUUUCGCGCGCUGCGACAAUAUGCGAGUGCCUGACCAUUUAGUCGGCCAGGCAAUUACGAAGGCCAGUCUAGAGCUUGAGCAUCUCUCUGCAUCGUUUAUUAUUGACGUCGAACAUUUUCUUUGCGCCGUAAAGUCGGGAUGGAAUUGGCCUCAUCUAACUUCGCUUACGCUUACUUCACAAUUAUUAAGUGGUCAACAACUUCCAAUCAGGAUUAACGAUAUGUUAGAAGCAGCAGCGUCGACGGCUUUGAAAAUGCCGAAGCUUAAGACAAUGGAAAUUUGGAAUGGAAAAGUAGGAUCGGCAGCACUUUUCAGAUAUCAAUUGAAGGGCAACGAUUGCGCAGUUCUAACCUGGAAAGCCACCUGGAAAUUUACCUUGCAGCCUCGUCUCAUCAAAGCCUGGGAAGCCGUGGCACAGGCGAAUACAAAUGGCACUUACUUCGUCGUUAGGGAAUUCCUGGAUGAGAAAAUUACCAUCAAUUCUCACGCCGAUGCAAUCAACUUUCUAGAACUAUCGGAGGUCCUUCGUCCCACUUCGUUGCAGCAGAUUCUAGCAGCACACGAGAUGCGACUCGAGGGAAUGCCCCAAGGGCUUGGCCUCGCCAGAACCCAACCUACUGCUAUCCACAAAAAACCCUCGUUCUCUGGGAGGUACUGGUCAAAGGCUGUAAGGUACUAUACGAAGAUUGUGGAGCGAUAUCUUCAGAUACCCAGGUCCCACGACGAGGUGAUACAUAUGGGACCCCAGUACAUGGCUAGGCUACGUGAAGCCGGCUACGACGCAGACUUGAUAAUAGCAGAUUCUACGCCCAUCCGCUGAAAUUCUUGGGCCAAAGUCCGGAACUAUCCUCCUCGCUGAAGCUUAUAUAGGACCCUGAUAGCCGGCAACGACAAUGCCUAGGACCUAGGUGACCUAAUUUAGCCACGACCCCUUUACAUCUCCAGGCUGCCCCAUCGAGCCUACUAGUUUCGAAGCUGACACUCCAGCACAGCUCGGAUAUGUAAAUAGUCUCGUAGAUGAGCA